CAUGAAUCAUUGCCAUGUUGGUCGUUUGCCAUUGAACAAACCACGUGAUUUCUGAUCAUGUAUAUUUAUAGAUGAGUAUCAAUUAACGGUCUAAAAACGAUACAAUUGGGUUGAGAAAACAAGGAAAACAAGUGAAUAUACAAAUCACAAUCAAGUAAAACUAAAAGCGGAUUAUCUAUUUAAAUGAUUAGUUUGAACAUAAACAUGGCGAAAUGUGCAACAAUAAUGUUGGUGUUACAACAGAUUGUACAAGGACAAAAUGACAAGAAUUUAUCUCAAGAUAAUGUAUGUCAAAAUGAAAAUGAAAAUACUCACUGCUGCAGUGGAUAUUAUUGGCACGAUGGAAAAUGUAUAGAAUGUUUCGGGGCAUUUGGGUUAAACUGUUCAGAACCAUGCCAUAAUAUAUCAUUUGGAUACCGAUGCAGAAAAACUUGUAAGUGCCAGAAUCACGAAGUCUGCAAUAAAUACACUGGCUGCCAAACGAUUGAUUAUAUCAACAACGAAUUUAAAGACAAAUGUAAAGACACUUUGCUUCUGUCUGUGAUUGGAUCUGGAUCUGUCUUGCUUUCAAUGGCCUUGUUAUUCAUCGGUGUGAUGUUUUACAGAUGGCGUAAGAUGUUGUACAAACCUAAAUCCGCUGAAAAAACAGAAGGGUUUCAAGUGGAUUUAUUCACAGUUCCGAGUAUACAGGAUAUAAUUCAGGAAAAUUACGAUGACAUUCGCGAAUCAAGAAUGCUUCUCGAUGGCAACGGAAAGAGCAACAAGGAAACGACACCAAACAGAAUAAACUCAACAGAGUAUAACCGAUUGUUCUGCAAAGAGCGUACAUCAAGCAAAACAAUGAGUGAGAUGGGUGAAGAAUGUUACACCGCAAUCGAUGCACGUUUUAAGAGUAAACAACCGCUUGUAACAUUGUCUGAAUUUCCAGAGGACGACUGCUAUGUAAGCCUCGCCCAAAAUACAAAGAGAAAUAAACGGAUGUCAAAAUCGUGCUCAGACAUAACUGUUGAUACAUCGGGGGUGUAUAAUUAUGUAGGAAUUAAUCAAUACUAUAAUUCCAAAGUGGAUAAAAACAAUGGAAAUAUUUUGAUAGCGCAUUUAUAGCUGUGAAGCCACAAACCUACAUGCGUUCUUAUAUAGUUAUUUGUAAUAAGAUUCAUUUCCAUUUUUAAAAAACAGCUAGUAAAAAAAUAAAAUAUAAUUUUAUUGACAAUUGCAUGCACUUGUUCGUUGUAUAAAUCGCAUUCGAUAAUCUUGCUACUCAACUAACAACCCCAUUGCUUUUAAACUCAAAAUAUUUAUUUUGAUUUAAUGCAAACAUGGAAAACUGGGUGAAAAACUUUAUUCUGCCAAAAUGUCAUAGAUCGAAAAAUGUGAUUUUAAUCUCAGAUUUUAAUUUCCGCUUAUAAUUUU